CAAACAUAUAAUUAACUGUAAAAUUGCAGUACUUUGAAGCCUGACAUCCGCAAUGACGUUCAACUUUUUUUCCAAAAUGGAUAAAAAUUUGGCACAGUGAUUGACAAGGUCUUAUUCAAAUAAAACAUCCAGUCAAAGCGUGCACACUUUUUUUUCGAGCCAUGCAUGGGAGGCGUGGAGCUCUCACUUUUGACAUUCUCUCUCUCUGCUGCAGCUUCUCCUCAAGGCAGACUAGCGAACUCUUAUGACAUCACCCAGCCACCGAAUGGGGGAAGAAGGGAACAGCUCUCUGCGGAUGAACGAUGUUUUGAUACAAGUGGACGUGUUUGGGCAUAUCAACUGAAUUCGUGCAAGGGCAAAGUUUUUAAUGUUGUCCAAAUCUUCAAAAAGAUUCCGUGUGAAUACUUUGCUUUGAAAACAGCGGAGUUACCCAUAGCCUACUUCGCCGAAUGUUAGAGGCGAAAUGUAAAACUAUAACUAUUGCAGCGUAUGUUCCUGCGCAAUGUGUCUAGUCUCUUGAUUUCUGGAAUAGAGCAUAAAGCAAGCAGAGGAGAGACGGCUUUUCUCGACUUUAUUUCUCGCCUAUGGACGACAGCGGACCCUUCUCUCCAAAGGCAAAUGCAUUCAGUAUAGCCUCUCUGAUUUCAGCUGCGGAGCAAGCAGGAAACGCAACAUUUGACAAACACGGCACUGGCCUGGACAAGCAAGACCAGCACAACUGUUACAGUUCAUUUAAAAUGCACUACAGCACUGUCACCAGGGAAAUGGAAGGUACGAGCGCGGUCUUGACAAUAACCUUGUAAAUAUUUGCUUUCGUUAAGUUUGUUUGUUGCUCAUCUCAGGUUCUUGUUGUUGUUGCAUGCAGAUGUGAUCUUGUUCCCGUAAUAUCCUAAAUUGAGCAACCAUGUUUGCGUUAGUGUAGAUAUGAAAUGCAUAACUAAAGCAAUGUUGAUACUGGAGUAGAAUGUAAAAAAGUAGGCUCAUAUGAAACUAUUCCCGAAAAGUCUCGUCCAGUAGGCUAUAGGAAAGUUCGGGGAGAAAUAUGAUGCAUAUGACGAUAAGAAGUUAUAACUAAUAAACGAAUCAUAACUUAUAAAACACCCAGUAAUCAUAGGCUACAUAUAGCCUAUCUUCAUAGAACUGAAAUAUCUUGUCAAAAAUAGGGAUUUCAGUUGCAUUUCAAAUCACAGUGAGUUCGUAUAUACUACUUUCAGAGAAGAGAAGAGCACGAUAACAGAUUUUGAAAAUAAGGAAUGAGAAGUUAGUGGGGGGGGGGGGGGGGGCACAAAGCCUACAUGGGGCACAAGUGCGAAUUAAUGGUAAAAACAGUUGAUAGGCCUGUAUCCAACACACUGGAAUGGGUCCCUUAUCCCAGUUCCAUUUGGCAGAACAAUUUAACAUACAUUCACCUCGAAAUAACCUUAUGUGUUUGUUUGUGCAUGCAAAUAAGUGUUUGUUUACCUUGUGAAAACGUUUACCCUCCACUGUGCCAGCUUUCCCAUCUAUUGUUACGGGAAGACGAUGUGGGCGAUUCCCUUAUCCAAAAGUAAAUGGGUGCCGGAAAGCCCAUUAAAAGGGGCGCACUUCACUGUCAAUCAGUCUCGUCCCAACGCGGGGAAAGGGACAUUACCUGCAGUUCCUUAUCUAAAUAGAAAUAAGACCCGGUUUUAUCGUGAAGGGGAGGCCCUAGAUAAGAGAGAAGAAGUCUGGAUUGCAGUGUAUCAUACUGCAGUAGAGCAGCAGAGCAGAGGCCGCCUGGAAUACCUUUGAACACAAUCCCUCGAAAAAACAACUUGCGUGUGCACAGGGUUAUAGUUCUACAAAACAAUUUUUGGUUAGGAUUGGGAAUUAUAAUUAGGGUCACAGAAAAACAAAGUUCUGAAUGAACUUUUUUUCUCACUAUUGGACGUUAUGCGAGAAACGUUGCGAUCGAAUUCUGUAACUGCAACAGACAUUUUAGGAUUUAGGCUGUGGUCUAUUACAGCAUCGGAUGCAACAGCGAUGAUUAAUGAACGCAGAAAACACUAAGCCACACUAUUGUAAAACUAUUCGAAAAUCUAUAAAGGGUGUUUCACGUUGAAGAAAAUAACUCGAGCCUACAACUGCUUUCAGUGUUGUUAUUUUUUUUUCUAUCCACAAGUGCAACGCAUAUAGUAAAAUCCAGCUUUUGGAAUGAUUUCAGCAAUAUCCAGUCCGUGGCUGACGCAGCUGUCCCAUUUUUGCGAUGUUGCAGCCUUCACUACUAGCAGCCUAAGCAGCCUCAACACGUCAGGGAGUUACCAUCUCUCUCCGUCCCCCGGGGACCCCUACAGCCAACAUGAAGCCCACUUUGAGCCUUGCCCGGCGGCUCAACACAGCUACAACUACUCGGGGUCGAACCCGGCCCAGGCCCAGCAGAGCGACACCGGGACUUCCAACUGUUCCUCAUCGUCCUCCAGCUCCACGCCGAACAGCAAGUCUCUGGUGAAAAAGAACCCUAAGGUGGCCAACAUUAACGUUCAGUUGGAGAUGAAAGCUUUAUGGGAUGAAUUUAAUCAGCUGGGAACAGAGAUGAUCGUUACCAAGGCUGGAAGGUGAGUGGAAUUUACACCAUGAUACAUGCAGGCUUCACUGGGUUAGGGUGCAUUGGGCCUCCAGAUAUGAGCUCAAAUGUAUCCCCUGAGAGCUCACACAUACAACAUAAAUCAUGAGAUAUGUUGGGAGAUAAUAUUUAAAGUCGGUGUGUAUAGUCAAUUACAAAUUGAUGUUGAUGCGAUGCUGCAAUGUAAAUUACGCAGCAAUAUACAGGCCUUUCGAUCUACUGAAAACAUCUUUCAGCUUAUGCUUUUUUAAUUGUUCGUCAUAUUUUACUAUACUAUUUAGACAAACUAUUCACUAAUAAACUAUUUAAGGAAUAUUAUGUAGUGUUGUAAUAUAACUAUCCCCCAGCCAAUAGACAGACAGACCCCUGAUAUAAUUUCUAGACAGAUUGGAACGGAAUCAAAUAGGCCUAUUAGCCUACAGUUUGUAUGUUAAGCAUUCUCUUAAAUUAAGCAUUUUUAUUUGUAGUAGUGGAUACAAUUAAGACUAUGCUAUUUCCCCACAAAUACAUUUAAAACGGCCUACAUGUUUGGGCAGCGAAAGCUAAAUAUUUCUGACUGAAUAAAAUUACCAUAUUUAUCCAACAUUUACGCAUGCGUUUUAGAGAAGAAUUGUAUGCGUAAAUGGGUCGUGCUUUCCUUGACAUAGGCCCACAGCACAAAAGUUGAAUUUGAGCUUUCCUAUCCUGAGUAAUAACACCAUACCUAAGGCAUUUAUUUCUGCAACCCUAAACCCCAAUUUACGCGACAAUGUCACAAGUAAUUGAAAUAUCAGUCAAAAAACAUAUUGAUUAAUUUCUCUGUAUGACUAGGCCCACUUGCCAUAUCUAUCAGUUUACUUUUAAUAACUGCGUUUUUUAAAUUAAAUACUUAGUGUUUUAUGGAUUUGAGCUCCAUAAGAGAUGGCGUUUGCGCAGGCUCAGUUUACCUUUAGGGUGACAGCAGAAAACCAUCUGUCAUUCCAGAGAUACUAAGCAACACAGGAUCCGAGGGAGGGCACUUUAAAAGCUACUUUAGCCUCACCUAUCCACAACUGCAGCCUUGAAUAGACACUGACGUUAAUUGAGCGGUGAUUUUAGGAUCACUUUCACUGGUUUGGCGGAUUACUCCACACACAUUAAAACGUUUUACGGUAUGAUACACCCUUAUGUGAGUGUGAGCGUGAGUAGGAGAGUGAAAGAGAAAGUAGGCAUAUUUAUUAAAGAGACGGGAAAUAAAAAUAACAGCCCCUCGCUGCGUGCGUGCGUAUAUAUGACUGGAAUCCAAAAAAGGGUAGAAGAGAAAUGCAAGUGAAUGUACAGUGUUAUAUAAAGCGUAAUUUGGGUUAAGCAAAAAUGUAACACGUCGUUUAUCCACCCAUUGAAUCGCUUCAUACACAGUAUAGGCCUAAAAUCCCGGGCUUGCUUUUUUCUUGAAUAGGAAGGCGUCAUAUCAUCACAUAGGCCUACCGCAACAACAAACGCAAAAACUCAAAACCCAUAACAAUACUGUUGUGACUACGGGUGAAAUAAUAUUUUCGACUGUUGUAAAAAGGCAACAUGUUAUCAAAAAGCAUAUCCCAACAUAUUGCUUAUAUCCUGAUGGAAUUUGCCGAAAUCUCACAAUCGCAAGUAAACCCCAGAUCAGCCCAUAGACAAUGAUAGAGCCAAGUCAAAGAAAACUGAUUUUAAUAUAGCCAUGUGUUUUCUCUGUCAGGCGAAUGUUUCCUACGUUUCAAGUUAAAAUUUUUGGAAUGGAUCCUAUGGCAGACUACAUGCUGCUAAUGGAUUUCUUACCAGUCGACGACAAAAGAUACAGGUACGUUUUAUUUACCAAAUGAACAAGAUACAAAUCUACAAUUUUCUUGGGAAAUAUUUUGUGCCAGUGAACAUUAGCUGUAGUGGGUGUAGGGUUAUGGCCUAUAGUUCCAGUGGACGUGCAUCCAACUCAAAGUAGGCUCGAGACCAUUAAUUUUUGGGAAAACAGAACGUAUCCAUUGAGACCCCUGUAACCUCGAUGAAAAUGUUGCUCGUUUUUUUUCUACCUGUCAUAGGUAUGCUUUCCACAGCUCCUCGUGGCUGGUGGCAGGUAAAGCUGACCCUGCUACUCCCGGGAGAGUUCACUAUCACCCCGACUCUCCGGCCAAGGGCGCACAGUGGAUGAAGCAGAUAGUCUCAUUCGAUAAACUUAAACUCACUAACAAUUUACUGGAUGACAAUGGACACGUAAGUAUAUUGUAGCGAAGACCCUGGUUUACUAAAUAAAAUGUGUAUCCAUGAGUAAGAUGUUAUAGCCUAUAUCCAAUAGGCCACGUCACAUUACACUAUUUGAAAGUAUUUAUUUGAACUACUUGUAUCUGCUUUCAAAUGACUUUAAAGAGAGUACAUCAUUUAAAUAAUUUUUUCACAUUUCCUAAACUACACAAACCAUUUUCCAGUUUACCCAUUUGUAUUGGAUGGCUCUGGGAAAUUAAAUAGGUCUAGUUAUUUUUUAAAUUGAUUUUACAUUAUUUUAAUAUUUUACCUCUUCCUCUCUCUCCCCUGCAGAUCAUUCUAAACUCAAUGCACAGAUACCAGCCAAGGUUCCACGUCGUCUAUGUGGACCCACGCAAAGACAGCGAGAAGUAUGCGGAGGAGAAUUAUAAGACCUUUGUUUUUGAGGAAACACGGUUCACGGCGGUAACAGCAUACCAGAACCACAGGGUAAGGAUAUCGUCCUCUAUAUGCUAUGCAGAUAUAACAACACAAAUUAUAACAUAACAUUAUAACAUGAUAAUAGAUGGUCGUUAUUGUUGUUGUUGAAUUUACACUAUAUUUCGUGAACAGGCAGUGUUUUUGCAACAUGGGACAAUUUUUAAAAUAUAACUGAAUGAGGCCAAAUAUAAAACAACAGGCCUAAAACAACAGGAUAAACGUGGGGCCAGCCUGCGUGCCUGUAUUUCUAUAAUAAUGAGGUAAAACUAAUACGGCCUAAUGUGUUAGGUUUUACACUUGUAUUAGACUAGUAAUUAACCUAAUAAUUAGCAUGAAAAAUAAUUCGUUUGGCAAACGAAUAGCCUGUAACUGACGCAAGAGACGCAAAUAUAUAUAUUUUUUAUUCAUGUGUGCAUUAUUUGACCAUUCCAUAUUUCGAACAAGGCACAACCUAACAGCAUGCAUUGCAAGUAAACAUGGUUUUAUUUGAUAAAACAACAAUUUAGGCUACAUAAAGAAUAGUAUUUAUGCCCCCAGUGAAAUAGAUUAUGGAUUAAGCUGACCAUCUUUAAAUUAAGACAUGACAACCACAUUUAAGAAAUAGACUAUAGGCCAAAAAACGCUUUUAUGACCUGAUCAUUCAUUUUACGAAACAUCUGUUUCUUGCCUCUGCUUCAGUAUCCCUCCCGUGAACUUUAAAAAUAUAUAUUUUAUUGUAUCAAAUAGCUGAACAUAAAUCCUUUACGUGAGAUUUUUUGCGCCUGAAAGUUGUCUGUGUGUCACUGAUGCCCCUGCACAGCUGCCCAGUUUCAUUUUUUCCUCUGUCUUUCCUGCUAUGUGUUCUAUCUGUUUGACCCCUCCGUAUCCAACUGGUCUCCAACGCGCACUAAGGGGCUUUCAUUUUGUUGUUCAACUCAUUCCGGAAAUUCAUGACCACAUAACUUCAUUCGCGGAUGUACAAAACUAUUAGUCUCAUCAAUUAUUAAAAAUGACAUGUUUAGCUGAUAUUUCUAUUCAGUGUCAAGGCCACAAUAAAUCACUUUUUAGGCCUAAACUGUAAUUUUGUAGGCAUAGACCUAGCCUAUAUUACAAAAAAAAUAGUUUUACAUUUGUAGCCUAUGCUAAUAAAUGCCUUGCCUACCUUUUAACAUGUUGGUUAUAACAGGCAUGUUUCGAUACAAGGGAAAGGGGGAGCGCUAUAGCGUCGUUAUGUAUGUCAACGUAACGGUAAACGCUUUGACCCUCACUAGUUAGGUCUAUAUCACGCCAUAGGCAGAUACACGUUCCGCUCUAUUUUUUCGUGUUGAGUAGUCCUAGGCUACAUUGUAUUUCGUGAAUAUUACAGGUUCGAAUGUUAUGUAUUUAACCCUAAUCAUAACCUAAACCCAAAAGCCUGAAAAGGGCGUGAAUAGCCUGUCACGUAAUGAUGAAAGUUGUUCUGGGUUGGACUUUCCACUUUGACAUGGAGGGUUACUUGACUCUGUCCUUUUGGUUGUAGAUCACGCAGCUGAAAAUCGCCAGUAAUCCUUUUGCAAAGGGCUUCAGGGACUGUGAUCCGGAGGACUGGUGAGAAAACUUAAAACUCCAUUUAGGUCGACUCAAUUCAUCAGUGACAAUUAAUUGGAUUAAUUUUCACAAAACUGCAUCAAAUUGUCUUAAUAAAACCAGUGAACAUGAAAUAUGUGCUAGUCUAUUUACAGCCAAUGUGAUACAUAAGUAAAUCACAUUUAAUUAUUUGUGUCUUGUGGCUCUGUUAAUGUGCAUCCUCUAUCUUAAUACAUAAUGAAGAUAAUGUUGUUUUUGACACCCAUUAAAAUAUUUUACAGUGUAACUGAAUCCAUUCUUUCUGCUCCAGGCCCAGGAAUCACAGGCCAGGCUCUCUGCCAAUUAUGAGUGCCUUUGCAAGAACAAGGAACCCAAUGUCGUCUCCCCCACAGCAGAAUGGCUCAGAGAAAGGUCUAUUGCCCUCCCUUUUUCAGAUGAGGAAUAUCAUUUAAAAGUUCAUUACCUUCACUGAGAGACCUAAUGAAUCCAGGAAUUGUUAUCUUUUAUAACAAAAGUACACAUUUCAUCUUAAUUUAGCAAUGCUAUAACUGAAAUAUGAGUAAAUGUUUGCUUUCAUAUGUUUAUAUCCAUGUAAAAUAUAGAACAGAUAUCACCUACAGUAAACGUAGAUUGCAGAAUUAUAGAAAUGCAUUGUAUGACCACAGAUUAGGAUGCUUUGGUAUGCUUGCUCUUGGCUUGGCUAAUGUGUUAUACUAUAGCCUACAUGACAGUCUACCAAUCUCUGACUAUCUGCUAUUGUUUGUUGUUGACUUUAGAGGACAGUAGGCGGGACUACGACCGGGACCCCAGUGGCACGCCGAUGCAUGCUGACCCCGCCCACCAGCUGAUGUCACGCGUCCUCAGCCCCGCUCUCCCCAUCCCAGGAGGCCUCCACGCCGUCCCCCUCACCAGCGGCCGGCCCAGCCCUCCCCACGACUUGCGUACCCCAGACGGCCACCCGCUGCCCCCAGACACCCUGCACCACCACCCCUACAAGUACCCCACAUCCUACGAACACUACCUGGGGGCUAAGACCCGGCCAUCGCCCUACCCUUUACCCGGCAUCAGAGGACACACGUACCACCACCACAUGAACCCAGCCACAGCUAACAUGUACUCUGCCACCAGCGCCCCCGCUAACUAUGACUAUGGGCCAAGAUAAUGAACGUAUAGCUGUAGCUGGCAGCCGCUGCCCAUGGCCCACACACCUGGGCUACCGCUACUAGCUAGCUAGCGCUGUGGAAAAGCAAACACAUAGGAGGGGAGGGACAACACAACUCUGUCUUCAUGGCUGAUGCAACGUCAAGUGCGUCUGGAGCUUGCGCAGUGCGCCCCUGUUGCUGGAUACCCUCCACCCCACAGAGAGACAAACACUUCCGUAUUUAUUUAAGGGAAAUGUAUCUUGGCAGGAAGUACAGACUGCCCUCUGAGCCCGAGCAGGGGUCUGUCUUGACCUCUGAACAUUGACAGCAAUAGCUCUCCAUGAGGGCACCUUUUUGCCUGCGUGGUAGAGCAAAGCAGACAGUGAGCCCUCUCUUAAGACAUGGAUGAUGCAUUAUCACAGACUGGAAAUUAUUAUUUUUGUGUUGGAUGCACUUUGUUGUUUUUUUGCUUUCA